CCCAGCUAGAGCUUAAACAGCACUUGUGUCCGUGAUAGCUAGAAGAUAUUUCAGUGGAAGAACUCUGGUGGGACUGAUCCUCUCCUACCAACAUGAAGGUGGCUUUUUACCUGUUUUUCACCCUGGCACUCUUCUUUUCGUACUCAGAUUUUGUUACCGAAGCAAAUGAAGAACCGAUUGAGUGUGGUGAUCAGAUAAAAGACUUCUGUACUUUGGAGCUUAUGCCACACUGUGGUUCUGAUGGAGAAACCUAUGACAACCAGUGUUUGUUCUGCAAUGCUGUUGUAAAGAGUCGUGGAGCACUUAAAUUAAAAUACCGUGGACCAUGUGAGGAAAUCAACAAGGCAGCUCUCUAUUAAAAAAAUCAACUACCAUGGGUCUCUUAUUCAUCCCAUCAUCUUAAUGAAUGCCAUAAUAAAUCAGUUAACAGAAUGAAAGAGA